CGAGUGAUUGUUUGAUUUUUUGAUUUUCGUUUGUACUUUUGUAGUUCGGAAAAGAACAACUAAUUUCCUAGUAAAUCCUGACUAUCGAAAGAGAAGCACUGAACAACCCCAUAAUGAUCUACUAGUAGCCUGCUUCGAGUGUAGCUGAAGAAAAUGCCACUCCGUCUCGAUGUAAAGAGGAAAUUUUCCUCUCGUUCUGACAGAGUGAAAUCGGCGGAUUUGCAUCCCACUGAGUCAUGGCUUCUGGUCAGCUUGUUCAAUGGUGCUGUGCACAUCUGGGACUAUGAGAAGGCUAUACUGGUGAAGCAGUUUGAAGUAACUAAUCUGCCAGUGCGUGCGGCAAAGUUUGUUGCUCGGAAGUCAUGGGUCGUGACUGGUUCGGAUGACAUGUGCAUCUGUGUUUUCAACUACAACACACUGGACAAGGUUCAUUCAUUUGAAGCGCACACGGACUACAUUCGCUCCAUUGCUGUGCACCCAAGCCAGCCAUACCUCCUAUCUAGCAGUGAUGACUCACUGAUCAAGCUAUGGGACUGGGACAAGAAAUGGCAAUGCACACAGGUGUUUGAGGGACACACACACUUUGUCAUGCAAGUCGUGUUCAACCCAAAAGAAAAUAACAUCUUUGCCAGCGCAUCGCUUGACUGCAAGAUCAAGGUGUGGCAGAUUGGCCAGCCUGUUCCAAAUUUCACCCUGGAAGGUCAUACACUGGGCAUCAACUGUCUGGACUACUUCCAAGGUGGUGAUAAGCCAUACCUUGUGUCUGGCGCUGAUGACAAGUUGGUCAAGAUCUGGGACUAUCAGAACAAAACCUGUGUUCAAACGCUGGAAGGUCAUGCACAGAAUGUGUCAACUGUGGCUUUCCAUCCUGAACUGCCUAUUAUCAUUACUGGCUCUGAGGAUGAUAGCGUGCGUGUCUGGAAUUCCAGUACGUAUCGCCUGGAGACCACUCUGAACUACGGCCUGGAACGUGUGUGGUGCAUGGCUUAUUGUCGUGGAUCCAACUGCUUUGCACUAGGGUACGAUGAGGGCUGUGUCGUCCUUACGCUUGGUCGUGAAGAACCAGCAAUGAGUAUGGACUCGAGUGGAAAGUUGAUAUUUGCCAAACACUCUGAAAUUCAGCAAGCCAACCUGCGCGCACUUGCAGAUACUAAUUUCAAAGAUGGAGAGCGUUUGACUCUUGCAGUCAAGGACAUGGGCAGCUGUGAUAUUUUCCCCCAGAGCAUUCAGCAUAAUCCUAACGGACGGUUUGUGGUGAUGUGUGGUGAUGGAGAAUACAUCAUCUCCACUGCCAUGGCUCUUCGAAACAAGGCAUUCGGCUCUGGAAUCCAGGAGUUUGUAUGGGCAGCAGAUUCCUCAGAGUAUGCCGUGCGAGAUAUGUCCUUCUCCAAAGUGAAGAUCUACAAGAACUUCAAAGAGAGGAAAUCAUUCUCCCCUCAGUAUGGUGCAGAAGGCAUAUUUGGUGGAAAUCUGUUGGGUGUCAAGUCCACUAACUCUCUAGCAUUCUACACCUGGGACUCUCUGGAGCUGGUCCGGCGCAUCCUGAUUGUACCACAUAAAGUCUACUGGUCUGACAAUGGAGAGCUGAUAGCUAUUUGCACGGAUGAGGCAUAUUUCAUUUUGCGCUUUGAUCAGUCUGCUGUUGACACAGCAUUCGAACACAAGGAGGACAUUGAUCCAGAGGAUGGAAUCGAGCAAGCAUUUGACUUUGUCUCUGAGAUCAGUGAGGUUGUGCGCUCAGGCGUAUGGGUGGGAGACUGCUUCAUCUAUAGCAACUCAGUGAAUCGCCUCAACUACUUUGUUGGCGGGGAGAUCAUCACCAUUUCACACUUGGAACGAAAAAUGUACAUUCUUGGCUACCUACCCAAGGAGAAUCGUGUUUACCUGGGUGACAAGGAUGUCAGUGUCACAAGUUACUCACUGCCACUAUCCGUUCUGGAGUAUCAGACAGCAGUUAUGCGCAAAGACUUUGAUACUGCUGACAAGUACCUGCCACAGAUCCCAGAUAACCAGAGGACUCGCGUUGCUCGCUUCUUGGAGAAGCAGGGUUUCAAGAAGCAAGCAUUGCAAGUUACCACUGACGUUGAGCACAAGUUUGAGAUUGCUGUGGCUAUCAAGGACGUAGCAGCGGCUGUGAAGAUAGCUCGUGAAGCACAGUCGGAAUCCCGGUGGAAGCAGCUUGCAGAUUUGGCACUGGGCAUGUCAGAACUUGGCCUCGCUAAGCAGUGUCUGGUUGAGGCCAAGGACUACAAUGGUCAGUUACUGUUGGCCACAUCCACUGGUGAUCGCAACACUGUACAGUGUAUGGCUGAUGAAGCCAAGACAGCUGGCAAGAACAAUGUUGCUUUCCUUGCCAACUACCUGCUGGGAAAUCUGGAUGGUUGUAUUGAUUUGCUAGUAAGCACAGGACGGCCUGCGGAGGCAGCUCUAUUUGCUCGCUCACAUCGACCAAGCCGCAUGUCUGAUCUUGUUCAGCUUUGGAAAGAGGAGUUAGGAAAGA